AUGUCUUUUGUAUUGGCGAAUUUUGAAUUUUUUUCUUCGACUUUUAAGGAAUUUAGAGUUUCAAUUAGUAAUCGAUAUCCGUCUUCGCCCACAUCUAACGAUAAUAAAAAUGAUAAUGGAUGGCAUUUGUUGGGUGAAUUUAAAGCAAAGAAUUCUAGAGAAAUGCAAUUAUUUGAAGUACGUGACCCGGUAAUAUGGGCAAGAUAUUUAAGAAUCGAUUUUUUGACACAUUAUGGGAAUCAAGUUUACUGUCCUGUUAGUUUACUGAGAGUUCAUGGUACUACAAUGAUCGAGGAGUAUAAAAAUCGCGAGGAAAAUAACCGGAUGCUUAGUGAUGAAAGUUUUGUUGGUGAUUUUGAUACUAAUAACGACGUGAAUGGUAACAAUCAUAAUACUGUUAUUAAUGGUGACGGUAUUGAUGGAUCUGGCUCGAAUUUCUUGAACAAUAACGACGAUAUAAUGAAUAAUAAUAUGAUUGAUAGAUUACGUAGAUACUCUUUCUCUGGUGAGAAUAAUAACGGCAAUAACAAAGAUACAAAUCAAGACAAUUUAGAUAUACCUGGAGAUGAUAAUAUGGUGGAUACAGAUCUCUUUGGGUAUUAUCCUUGGGAAAUAAGCGGAACUUGUCCUAUUCCACAUACUUUCGAGUAUAAAUUCACGCUGGCGCCUCAUUAUAAAAAAAUACAACAAAAUAAACCAAAAAACCAAAAACCAGAACAGCAACAUCAUGAGUCACAAUUAGAUAGAAUAAUGAACAUUUGUCUAAUAGAUCAAUCUCCUCGAAUACCCUCUCCUUUGUAUGAUGAAGAGAUCACUGAUUCAACUUCUAAAAACGAAAAUAGUUCAUCAUCAAACAAUCAAACUUCAUCAAAUUCAACCAAGCCAACUACAACUACAACCAUCACUACUGCCACUGCCAAAACAACGAAUAAUACAUCACCACCAUCUUACAUCGGAUCAGGAACACUGAGUAUCUAUCAGAAGAUUCAAAACAAGAUAUCGAAUUUAGAAGCGAAUGCCACAUUCUUUCGACGGUACUUGGAGGAACAAAGUAAUCUGUUGGAGAAUAUUUGGAAACGUUAUCAAGAAUCGGAAACUAAAUGGCAGCAAAUGAUCUGGGGAUUAAAUCAAACUGUGGAAAUGUUGACAAAAGCCCAAGAACAAACACGCGAUGCAAUAAAACGUAUUGAGAAUGACGUGCGACAUAAUAACCAACAUAUUAAUAUAUUGAAAUCUGAUUUACAUCGAUUAUAUAUUCAGUUGAUGGUUAUCGAAGCAUUUGUAUUGCUGAUGAUGCUAGCGCUCUGUUUUGGUGGAGCGCAUGUUUAUCGGGCUUUAAAACAUAUUGAAUAUGUUAAAUGGCAAUAA